ACGUGUAUGGAGAUUAGGGGCCAAGCGUAAAAGAGUGGUACGUAAAAUACAUGUACACGGUGUGUGUGUGUUCAGUCGACCAAUGCACCAUAUGAACUGGAAACUAUUGAGAUCGCCCAUAGCCUAAACCGAAAUCAUCAUGGAAAACCUGCCAAGAUUCGUGUUUAUCGGGAAGUAAACUCUACAAAAGGCAUCAGUUUGAAGAGGAAUAUCUAUUCUAACGGUGUGUGUACUUUUAAUGGCGAUUUAGGAUGUGUGGGACCUAAAGCCAUCUGAGACACAACAAAAUAAUCCUACAAACAUAAGACGUAGUGAGUGAUACCGCUCUAGCUAAAAGGACUGGCGGACAAAGCCGUCAUCACAGCGUCUGUGAGAGAUUGAGGGCAUGAGCCCCUUGCCAGCGACCCCUUGCCGUUGUAACAGGGUUUGCCAUGCAGUAAGACUCAACAUGACGUUUGGAGAGCUUUGUAGGUUGUGGAGGCAUGUCUUCCAAGGAGUUCUCAUCUUGUGCCUGCUCAGCUACGCAGCAGGGCAACAAGCCACAACACCAAUGCCAGAAAGAGUGGCCUCUCGUCCAAUCAUAUCAGAGAUACCUGAUCAGGAGGUCUUUGUGGGAUCUAACGCCAUGUUUGAGUGCAGGGUGGUGAGCGACUUGACUCCACACGUCAUGUGGGUCAAAUUAGAAAACAAUAAUUACACCGAUCUUCAAGCCAGUGAGAGACUUCAGAUUGUCGCUACUGUGUCUAAGAAGAUAAAUGUGUACGAGCGAUCGAUUGAGUUCUACAAUGUCUCCAUGGAGGAAGCUGGACUUUAUACUUGUCUAGCUGAAAACGAAGUUGGGGUUAGUGAGGAAAUGGCUGUCCUUACCGUUGUGCCAAAAACGAACAGGCCUUGGAACCUCACUAUAACACCCAUCAGGUCAACAGCCGUGACCCUUAACUGGAAUGCUCCACUUCAAGAAGGGGUGUACAACUAUGCAGUCAAAUAUUGCAAAGAGAAAGAUGCAUCAACAUGUUCCACAAAGCACAUGUUCAAUAAAACAUCCUACAAUGUGACCAGCUUAGAACCGAUGGUCAACUAUAGAUUUGCUGUCAGUAUUGAUGACAGGCCAGAUCUUACCUCACAGGAAAUCAUUGGGACUGGUUUAACACCGAGAGCCCCAAGGAUUGUAAAGCAGCCAGUAGCCAACAUCACCAGGAGAGAGGGGGAGUCAGUCAAAUUCAAAUGCUCUAUCGAUAGUGAUCCAAGAGCGAACAUAACCUGGUGGAAAGAGGGCAUGCGGGUUGACGAGUCUGCCGCGGACAAGGAGGUCAAACGAAACUCGAUGUCCAUAAAAGACUUGGAGGAGGACGAUAAAGGGAACUAUAUGUGCCUUGCUUCCAACAGUUACGGAGAAGUGAAGGUCAACUUUACUCUAAGGGUCAUCGUAGAUCUGGGUGAAUCCUGGAACAUGGAAAGUGAUGUGUUUUCCGAAGUGGAUGAGGGAGAACCAGAUUACUCUGGGCCCAUGAUGGGGCCCGGGAUGGCACCUCGAUUCAAAGAAGGCUUUAGCAUGCAGUACGACCUUCUACGUGUCGCAGGGGAGUCCAUCAAAUUGAGGUGUCCCUACACAGCCAACCCUCCCGCUAAGGUGGUUUGGCUGAAGGACAAUAAGCUCAACUGGAUGACUGAACACCUCGCUAUUAGGAUAUCCAUCGAUGAUUUCAGGUUAUUGAUAUCGAGACUAACUCCAGACGUAGAUGAAGGGGAAUACACGUGUGUCAUCAGCAAUGAGUAUGGCAACAUCUCGCAUACAACCAGAAUCGGCAUUCAAGAAAGAGUGGCCUCUCGUCCAAUCAUAUCAGAGAUACCUGAUCAGGAGGUCUUGGUGGGAUCUAACGCCACAUUUGAGUGCAGGGUGGUGAGCGACAUGACUCCACACGUCAUGUGGGUCAAAUUAGAAAACAAUAAUUACACCGAUCUUCAAGUCAGUGAGAGACUUCAGGUUGUCGCUGAUGAAUGGUCAAAGGGUUUGAACCAACAAUGCAAAGAUAUCAUGAAAAACCAUCUCUCCGAUUUCACCCUGGAAUGGAAGUGUUAUUCCAAAGAGACUGUGUCUAAGAAAAUAAAUGUGCAAGAGCGAUCGAUUGAGUUCUACAAUGUCUCCAUGGAAGAAGCUGGACUUUACUACUGUCUAGCUGGAAAUGGACUUGGGAUUAGCGAGGAAAUGGCUGUCCUUAAGGUUGUGCCAAUACCCACCCGUGCCCCCUCCUCCAAACCUCCAAAGGUGAUCCUGAAACCCCCAGAUCAUUGGAAUCAGCAGAAGACAGUAAUGAUCGUCUCCAUCGCUUGUUGCUCCAUCAUUUUGGUCCUGUUCUUCUUCAUCUUUAUCAUGUGCUACAAGAAUAAUCAGCGUCACACCAGGAAUGUGGGUCUGGAUAAGUAUCCAAUCAAGAGCCAACUCACUAGACAGCUUUCGUCCGAGUCCAACCAUUCCUCGACUCCAUUAGUGAUUGGCCGAGCAAGGCUAUCCUCAUCUCUUACUGUGGUGUCAGAGUAUGAAGUACCACUGGACCCAGAAUGGGAGUUCCCUAGAGAUAGGUUAACCCUGGGCAAGGCGCUCGGUGAGGGAGCAUUUGGCAAGGUCGUCUUGGCAGAAGCAGUUGGCAUCUCAGCCAAGGAACAGACAACAACAGUGGCUGUCAAGAUGUUGAAAGCCAAUGCAACGGAUCGUGAGCUUUCUGACCUGGUCUCUGAGUUGGAGAUGAUGAAGAUGAUUGGAAAACAUACUAACAUUAUCAACCUGCUCGGAUGCUGUACUCAAGAUGGCCCACUGUAUGUCGUCGGUGAGUAUGCUCGCCACGGUAACCUGCGUGAUUUCUUGCGUCUCCGUCGGCCCCCAGACAACGCAGAGAUGACCGUCUUACUCCCCGGCCAUGAACUCCUGACCAAUAAGGACCUCAUAUCCAUGUCGUAUCAAGUGGCACGUGGAAUGGAAUUCCUUGCCUCCAAAAAGGCAAUUCACCGUGACCUGGCUGCCCGCAAUGUUUUGGUUACAGACGACUACAUCAUGAAGAUUGCUGAUUUUGGACUUGCCCGAGAUGUUCACUAUAUCGAUUUCUACAAGAAAACCACCGAUGGUCGUUUGCCAGUCAAGUGGAUGGCACCAGAGGCGUUGUUUGACCGAGUCUUCACCACUCAGAGCGAUGUCUGGUCUUUUGGUAUCUUACUAUGGGAGAUCAUUACCCUUGGGGGUACACCGUACCCUAGCGUACCUGUAGAGAAGAUGUUCGACUACCUGAAACUCGGCAAGCGCCUAGAACAACCCAUGAACUGCUCCUUAGAAAUCUACCACAUAAUGAGAGAGUGCUGGCACACCUCCCCUGGACAGCGACCAACAUUCUUUGAUCUCGUUGAUGACCUGGCCAGGAUUAUCUCCCUCUCGUCCAAUCAGGACUACCUUGAUCUAGAGGCUCUUGGCGAUGCACCAGUCACAACCUUUGUAGAGACAGAGUUUGACUCUGGCAACUCAAGUCAGCAUAGCAGACAUAGCAGUGAGUCUACCGUUUGAAUGAAGAAGCCUCACCAAGAAAAGGUCUCCAAGACACGAAGGUGAAACCUCUGCCUUCAUUGACUCUCAAGGAGAGAGUAAAACAAAAAAGAGGAGGACUUGUAUUCUUUCACAAUUUCAUUGGACCGCUCAAGCUUCAAGGAUUCAUCUGAGCUAUGAAUGUUUGGAUAAUCUGCCAAGUCCCUCCAGCUAUAACUCUUAGAGAGAACAAUUGGACUUCGCUUUUUGGAAUGCCUGCUCCUUUAAAUUGUUGGACACUCUUUGAAAGUGAUAUUGAAACAGCAGACAUCUCUAGAUUAUCACGCAUUGCGUUGAAUAAGGAUUUUGAUCGCAAUGACUUAUUUAUGGGGACUCUGAUAAAAAAGAGUGAAUGACAGAGCCUGGUCUUUAUCUCCAAGAAAGAGGACUUCAUGGAGUUGGAGAAACAUACCGCCUAGCCCAGGCUAUGUUUUAUUUUUCUUUCAUGCGCUAUAUGGACUUAUUAACAGUAGUUAUAGCCUUGCUGAUAAAGUGGAUCUUGAAAAUGCCUAGCUGGGAAAAGGAAACCAAACUUUGACUGGGAGUGCCGGCAAUUUCUCAGUUUUGACUGUUUCAAUUAACCCAAGUGUUUCGUCAAUUUCAGACUCCUGUAGACCAGUAAAAACCUGUGAAGGGACCACAGACAACGUUGUAUUCAGUGAAUUGAGAUUCACCCAUUUCAGUAAUGUUUUCUUAUUCUAUAAUCAAUGUGUGUAUUUAAAAAAAUAAAAUACGAUUUUUUAUGUCUUAGUAAACAAAUCCGCCCACUUUAUCAAGGCAAAAGUGUUACCAAGGAAACUGAUCAAGCUUUGGGAAAACAAGCAGUACUUAAUAACCAUUCAGUACCUACUAAUGAUCAGUAGAGUGUAUGAUAUACACACAAGGAAAUGUAAAAAAAAAACAUGUAAAUUGUAAAGGUUUUUAUAUGACUGUUGUUUGAGGAUGCUGAUGAUUUUUAAAAUGGAGCUAAUCUGACGAUACAUUCUGACUUGUUGCAGAAGUUUGGUUUGUCUUUGGAGUUUCUUAAUUUGUAAAUACACAAAAGCACAGAGGCUCAAGUCUCAAGAUGUCUCAAUCACAAUAGAACACUUGACAAUGGUUCUAUGACAUUAGAACUAAAUUGUUUUUCAUAUCAAUUUUUCAUCACAGUGCCUAUUAGUAUUUUAGACGGUAGAA